AUGACAGACCACCAUAUCUCCGCUAUUCAUUCAUCGAAUGAAGACUAUGAAUUACCUCUUCGACCUGUCAAAUUCCCUCUUAUUCUUCCUGCCCAUGCACCCCAUUUUCCCGAUCAAGGAUGGUCCACCAUAUCUUUCUCGCCCACAGACCCUUUCCACAUUUCAUCUCAGAAGCUUCUGCAAGCAAGUAAAUCCUUCUUUGAUCUUCCGCUUGAGUACAAGUCUCAGUUUCUUACUGGGAAGGGUACUGAGGAAGGAUGGAAUCGUGUGGAAGGCGAGAAGGAAUUUAUCACUCUACGUGAGAUCAAUACCACACCUCCCGAAUUGUUGGAAACUGUGAAAGAAUUCUGGGAUAUUACUGGGGAUGUUUUGAACAAGAUAUUGGGCGAAAUUGCUAGUAGCUUGGGCAUGAAGAAAGAGUUGCUCACAAGGUAUUCUGAGCCAUGUCUCAAGCUCCAUCAUGAAAAAACAGCAACUAUGAUCAGAUUGUUCAGGUAUGAAAGUAAUGGAAUAGAAGGGAAGGUCGUUUCAGAGCCACAUCGUGACCUCGGUCUCUUGAGUCUAUCAAUCAGUGAUGCUCCUGGUCUGGAAGUUUUGGACAUGCAAUCCAAAAAGUCGUUCGCAAUUGAACGAUCAUUCGAGGGGAGAGAUAUAGGAACUUUACUCGUGGGGAGGGAGCUAAAUUUCUUAAGCAAUAACAGAUAUCAGGCUGGCGGCCACUCAGUUCGUAUGUAUUCAAAAACUGUGACCAGGCACGAGCCAGAUGAAAAGGAGAAUGAAGAUAAACGAGAGAUGUCGGCAAGGAAAUAUUAUAGAUACUCGAUAGUUUUUGUACUUCGGGGUCAUGAAGAUGUGUCCAUUGAUACGGAUGAAUUAAGAACACCGAUUACGGGACGAUGGAAGAAGCCAAUGAAGGGAUUGAAGAUGGAGAAUCUAUAUCGGCGCUUCAUGAGUAAACAUGUCAAUAUUAAUGUGGAAAUGGAGGAGAGGCAAAAGCAGAAGGAGCGGUUGCAUGAGAAGAAGGCGAACAUGAUGAAAGGUCAAUAA